AUGAGCGCACCAGCAUACGACCCGGGUCCGGAGCAUUUUCAACAAUUCCCUCCAAACAGAAUCAUAGUUAUCCACCCUGGAUCACUUUAUGUGCGCAUAGGUAGGGCGUCUGACCUUCUACCAGUCAAACAGCUGCACUGCAUCGCCAGACAAAGGCGCCCAGGAGGCAAAAUAUACAGGGAUCCGUUCAUACCGCCAAGUGUGCCGAAAACUAAAGAACUGAUCGAAGAGCUGGAAGAAUGUCGUUUACAAAUCUCGCACACGCUACAAACGUGCGUACAGUCGAAUGGCGCGCGCCGAUACGCGACCCCGCCGCAGCAAAUCGCUGCUUUUAACCGUCGCUCCUUGCCAGAAUGCGAAAGCGAUGGUGAACCCUGGCCACAAGUCCAAUGCGAAAUUAUUGUGGGUGACUUGGUCCUCGAUAUUGACCCUGAGUUACCUUACAACAUACAUUUUCCUUACAGAAGAGGAGAUUUCAAUUUGCACUCUGAAGUAGGAGGUUCAAUAUCCUCUGUACUGAAUGAUCUUUACACUAUAUGGAGUUCCAUAAUAGAAUACAAAUUGGGUAUACCCUUAAUUGAACUUAUAAAGUACAGGUGUGUUUUAUUAAUACCAGAUAUUUAUUCAAGAAGCCAUUUGAAGUGUUUAAUGUCAUUAUUGUUAAAAGAUUUGGGCUUCGGACAUUGUUUUCUUGUUCAGGAGAGUGUUGGGGCAACUUUUGGAGCUGGCAUAGGUUCCGCUUGUGUAGUAGACAUUGGUGACCAAAAAACGGCCAUAUCAUGUGUAGAAGAUUGUAUUUCCCAUAAGACGACUAGGUUAAGAAUGGACUAUGGAGCCGGAGAUGUUUGUCAAGCUUUAUCCUGGAUGUUCCACAAAAGUGCAUUCCCCUAUAAAAACUGGACUGAAAAUAUACCAAGAGAUGUUGUACUGAUGAGGACAUUGUAUGAGAAUUUCUGCCAUGUGAACCUGGACAUUUGUGGUCCACAGGAGAAGUCAUUUCUUGUAGAUCAUCCUGGAGAUGUAGUUAACAAAUACACACUGCAAGUUGGUGACGAAUGCAUUAUCUCACCCUUGUCGAUGUUCUAUACAGAUUUGUUAAAAAUUACGGGGUCGAAAGCUACUAAGACACUGUCUCGUCAACCAAGUGACCCUGAAGAUCCUUUUGAUGCUGAGUUUUUGAGAGAAACAGGAAGAAAACGUGAGACAGCCGAUCCUACUGCUAAUGAUGGCCAACAGUUUGAGGCUGCCAAUGAAACACAGCCAAAUACUAACCCAGAUGAGGAUAUUGUUGUAGAUGCUUUAGAAGGUGGUCCAGGAGAUGUUUCUCUUGCUCCAGGGCAAGUUUUGGCUUUAGAUGCAGCAAUACUGCAAAGUAUAGAUCGCUGUCCAAGUGAGGAAUUAAAAAGAAAAAUGUAUAGUAACAUUUUGAUUGUAGGAGGAGGGGUGAAAGUCCAAGGCCUGUACCUUUGGCUGCAGAAUCGUCUGGCACUGCAAAUACCUUACACUUAUAAGACUGAACAGUUAGAAAUAGUUACGUCACCGAAAGAUAUUGAUCCAGCCAGUACUGUGUGGAAAGGUGCAGCGGUCAUGUCUUGUUUGGAGUCUGCCAUCGAGCUGUGGAUUAAUCAAAGUGAAUGGAACAAAUUUGGUUUAAGAAUAUUAAGAGAAAGAGCUCCUUUUAUUUGGUGA